AAUUCAUUAAAACUUGGUUAUAUAUACACUGCCAAUGGUCACUAGAGACGAGAAACAUGAUACAUUACUAUUUACACCAGCUACCGCUGUUAGAUACGCCCUUGAUAUUGCAAGGGGAAUGAACUAUCUACAUGAGAUCAAAGGAGACCCUAUCAUCCACCGAGAUCUUGAACCUUCAAACAUACUGCGGGAUGAUACAGGGCAUCUGAAAGUUGCAGACUUUGCAGUAAGCAAGCUUGUUACUGUUAAAGAAGACAAGCCUUUGACAUUUCUAGACACUUCUUGUCGAUAUAUUGCUCCCGAGGUUUUCACCAGCGAUGAAUACGACACCAAGGCUGAUGUUUUCUCCUUUGCAUUGAUAGUUCAAGAGAUGAUCGAAGGAAGAAUACCCUUUGCGGAAAAGGAAGACAGUGAAGCUUCAGAAGCUUAUGCAUGCAAAGAGCGUCCAUCUUUCAAAGCUCCAUCUAAGCAUUACCCUCAUGGACUUAAAUCGUUGAUAGAAGAAUGCUGGUUAGAUAAACCGGCCAAGCGACCGACUUUCAGAGCGAUCAUUAAACGGCUUGAGUCCAUUCUUCACCAUAUGGGCCACAAGCGACAAUGGAGGAUAAAGCCAUUGACAUGCUUUCAGAAGUUCGAGCACAAGAAGAAACAUAAUUGGGAUGUUAGCAGCGCUGAUGGCUCAUCCUCGGGUUCACAUUUGUGAUUCUUUAACCGGUUAUUCUUUCCGGUUUAAUUUGGCUUUCCGGUUUUACUUUGUAAUGUUGUUUUAGUUUGAAGAAAGUAUUCGUGUGGUCGUGGACAGAAGUUGCAUUUUAUUUUAGUAUAAAGGUGUAACGAGUCUUCAGAUUUUGGAAGCUGUAUAAUACAUGUCUAACGAAUUAUAAGGAAUUUGUUUCAAUCGAGUUUUUUCUCUAAAUGUUUUUAAUUUCUUCGAGUUUGAUUCGUGUUUGUUCACGACAAUGUCUUAAGUAAUCUUCGACUUUUAGUUUCUAUCAAACUGCUGGUGGUUCGUGGAAAAGACAAGAGGACUCUGUUUCUCCUAAGAUACAUUUUUCCAAGCUUUAAUAAACAAUUUUCGGAGGGAAAGAAAUGGAAGGAGACAUGGAUAACAACAUCAUACUUCAGCCCAACUUAUAAAGUUCAUAAGCAGGUUCGUAAUAGAUCUCUUUAGUUCGGGCCAGAGGAGAAAGAAGACUUGACCAAACUAAGCAAGUUUGGUUUCUUUCAUGAGAGUAACGGCGCUUUCUGUUUGUUUUCUUGCUUUAAAAGAGUCAUUUACAGACUUUUUAAAUGAGUCAUUUUAACAUUCUUUAAAAAAGAGGUGAUAUGUCAAAUGAAUAGUAAUUAAAAAGGUAAUUUUAUGGUAAAAAGGUAAUUUUAUUGUAAAAAAUAUAAAUUUGAUUAAUGUUGUGAAUAAUAUAGUUUAGUGGAAACAAAUUCAAAAUAAAAAUAACUAAAUGAAAUAUUAUUCGUCAUUUUUAACGAUCGGGCAUACGAGGAACACCCGUUGAACCUUCAACCAAUCUAAAGAAAAAAAUGUAAUCAUUUCUCAAAAUAUGCAGUUUUGUGCAUGACAGUUUAAUGGAAUCCUGCUCAAAGCAGGCCGUGUAAUUUUCAGGCCAACAAGCAAAAAACAAAAAAAAAAUUAAAAAAUUUAUUAAUUAUCCUCUAGACAUUAUUUAAGAAUUAAUUUGCCAUGUAUCAUCACCACAUUCAUUUUGAAAGAAAAAUAAUAACAUAGUAUAAAAUAUGACAUGGCUCUCACCUUAUUAUGACAUGUACAAUGUCAUUUAUAAAGUUUACUUUUUUGGUAAUCAUGUCAUUUAUGAAUUUUACAUUUUUGGUAAGAUUCUUAAAAUAUAUGAAUAACUUAUUUGUAUUAUCAUUACUAAUUUUUUAAUUGAUAACAUGUUAAAUAUAAAAAGAGUUUCACAUCAACAUUAUAGUUUAAAGAUUUAAAUAAUUGUAGAUAAUUAUACUUCUAUCAUAAAUAAUUAAUUUUUGAGUUGUAGUUUAAUUCUAUGCAAAAACAACUAAUCAUGUUUCCAAAUUAUUAAUUGUUUUUCAUGUAUAAUCGACAUAAAAUAUGUUCACUCAGCGAAUGUGAUUCGAUUCACUGAAUUAAUUAGUAAAUUAGUUGUUAUUACUAUAAUUUUAGUUUAACUAAAAUAAUUAAUAAAUAAUUUACUUUAUUAUAAACUUAACUAAUCCCGAAAAUAUAAAUUAACAUUUUUUAAACUAAAUAAAAAUAUUAAAAUAAUUAUUUUUAUUUUUUAUUAUUUUUUACUGAGAAAACAAAAAUCUAAAAUAUUACCACUAUAUAUUAAAUUUAAAAUAUAAUAAUAAAAUAUAAUUUUUAAAUUAUUAUUACUGCACAAUGCACAUGAUACAGAAAACCACAUAGUUUACAUGAAAAAUACAGAACACUCUCUGGUAUUCAAACUAAAUAGCUUAUGAGCACCUAAAAUGGAAUAAAAUAGUUUAGUUAUAGACAUUUAAUCCUAAAAAUUGGUCUCUGUACCAUAUCAAAUGUAUUCUUAUAUUUUCUAAUUUUUAUUGUAUUCAUCUAAUUUAAUUUUUUAAAACAUUUAAAUAUAAUUUAAUACUGAUAUUUUUAUUUAUAAAAGUUAUAAACUUAUUAAUUACUA